UUCCAGUAAGGACUCACCUUUCACCACCUCCAGGGAACUAUUCUUUUACCUAUGCAUCAUGGAGCUCACCUGUGGACUGUGGCUGCCCGUCCUCCUCAUGGGAUUUGGGCGAAUGUGGGCUUUCAACCUGGACACCGAAAACGUCCAGCGGAAGAGCGGGGAUCCGGGCAGCCUGUUCGGCUUCUCCCUCGCCAUGCACCAGCAGCUCGUACCAAGUGAUAAGAGAAUGCUGCUGGUUGGCGCCCCAAGAGCGAAAGCCAUAAAAGGUCAAACAGCCAAAGUGACAGGAGGACUGUACAACUGUGACAUGAGCUCCAGCUCUACCAGCUGCGUCAGAGUGAUCUUUGAUAAUGAUGAGGAUCCAAAAAAAGAGAGCAAAGAGAACCAGUGGAUGGGAGUGACAGUCAACAGUCAGGGGCCAGGAGGGAAGAUUGUGACCUGUGCCCAUCGCUACCAGCGCCGGAAUAAUGUGGGCUCAUUAAUUGAAGCUCGUGACAUUAUUGGUCGCUGCUACGUGCUGAGUCAGAACUUGAAAAUCGAUCCAUCGACGAGUGAAGAUGGAGGUGGUUGGCAAUUUUGUGACAGCCGGCCCAGAGGACAUGAGAGUUUCGGCUCCUGCCAGCAAGGCCUCUCUGCCAGAUUCGAUAAGGAAUACCACUACCUCAUCUUUGGGGCUCCAGGAGCAUACAACUGGAAAGGCGUGGUACGCUUGGAACAAAAAAACGACACCCUAAUAGAGAUGGGCAUAUAUGAGGAUGGUCCAUUUGAGGUGGGAGACGAGAGAGAAAAGAACGCCGACCUGGUCCCUGCCCCUCCCAACAGCUACCUGGGUAAAAUGCUCAAUUCUCAUGAGGCUCCAGUUGUUCCAUUUUCACAAAGAAGCAUAUUCAAGCACCUGUUUGUCCUUUUAUGUAAGCAAGCGUUCCUUUGUCUCUUUCUCUCAGGCUUCUCUCUGGACUCGGGCAUGAAUUUAAUCAAGAAGAAUGUGCUGACAGUAGUGGCAGGAGCUCCUCGGGCGAACCACAGCGGGGCAGUGGUGCUGCUGAAGAAAGGCGAGGAAUCGCAAAACAUAUUGCUGGAAGAGUACACCCUGGAAGGGGAGGGGCUUGCGUCAUCUUUUGGCUAUGAUCUGACUGUGCUGGAUCUCAACGGGGACAGCUGGCAGGACAUAGUUGUGGGAGCACCCCAGUACUUCGAGAAGGACGGAGAAAUCGGUGGAGCCGUUUACGUCUACAUCAACAAAGGAGGACAAUGGAACACAGUCAAACCGACCAGAAUAAACGGACCUAUAGACUCCAUGUUUGGCAUCGCUGUGGAAAAUCUGGGAGACAUAAAUAUGGAUGGUUACCAUGAUUUUGCAGUGGGAGCUCCUUAUGAGGACGAAGGGUUAGGGAAGGUUCACAUCUACAGUGGAUCAGCUACAGGACACAAACCUGCGCAGGUGCUGGAGGGCCAGCCUUUAGGUGUGAGGCUGUUUGGCUACUCUUUGGCAGGCAACAUGGACCUGGAUAAGAACUCCUACCCCGACCUGGCCGUUGGAUCCCUCUCCGACUCUGUCUUUGUGUUCAAAUCCCGGCCAGUUAUUAACAUCAAGAAAGAAAUCAAGUUCACGCCAAAGGAAAUCGACCUCACCAAAAAGAACUGUGCCAGUGGCUUUUGCUUGGACAUUGAGGCCUGCUUCACUUACACUGCCAACCCCAAGAGCUACGCUCCCAAACUGGUGGUGGCGUACAAUAUGCAGGCGGAUGCUGACCAAAGGAAGAAAGGUCUCAGUUCCAGAGCGACCUUCCUCGGGUCUACCUCCUCUGAAAACAUAGGGACCGUCGCCUUGAACAGCAAAGGAGCAAAAGAGUGCAUUAAACGUCAGCUUGUCAUUCAGGAAAACAUUCGAGACAAGCUGCAGGGGAUCCCCAUCCAGGUGUCUGUGGACAUCCAGAACACCAAACGUAAACGCAGGCAGAGCACAGGUCCUCUACCCCCUGUUCUAGACAGUCAGGAGCCAGGUCUAUCAGUGGUGAAUUUUCGGAAGGAGGGUUGUGGCAGCGACAAUGUUUGCCAGAGCAACCUGCAGGUGCAGUAUCGCUACGGCAGCAUUAAGAGUGACAACGUCAAGGAAUUUGUUCCAUUAAAACUGGACCUUGGCGUGCCCCAGAUUUCACUUGGUAAUCAGAAUUACAUCGCCUUGGAGGUCAAAGUGACAAAUCUCAAUGGAGAUGAUGCAUAUGAAGCACAUUUGGUGGCUUCCUUCCCACGCUCCAUGACCUACUCUACUCACCAUUUUACAACUAAUGAGAAGCAAAUCACCUGCAGUGCCAAUAAAGAAGGUUCCAAUUUGGAUUGUGAGCUUGGAAACCCUUUAAAAAAGGACUCAGAGAAGACCAUCUACAUUAUUUUGGGCACAUCCGGCAUCUCUCCCAACACUACUGAUCUGGAGAUUGAUCUUCAGCUAAAUACCACAAGCGACCAGCAGAAAAUAGCUCCUGUCAAAGCAAAGGCAAAGGUGGCCAUCAUGUUGCAGCUGACGCUAUCAGGACAAAUCCAGCCAUCUCAGGUCUACUAUACAGGAAAGGUCAAAGAUGCAGCGGCCAUGAAGACUGAAAGUGAUGUAGGCAGUGCCAUCAAACAUCAGUUCAGAAUAAUCAACUUGGGAAAGCGCUUGACGAAUUUUGGCAGUGCCACCCUUAUCAUCAGGUGGCCAAAGCUAACUACGGAUGGCAAUUUGCUGCUCUACCUGAUGGACAUCACCUCCACAGGAGUGGAGAAUCUGUGCUCUCCUAAAGAUGUGAUCAACAAUCUGAGCCUGGAACCAAGUAGCAACAGGAAUAGAAGAUCAGCAGGAAACUCCAAGGGAACUGAUGAAGGCGUGAUUUCCCGUUAUGAAAAGAAAACACGAUCUGUGUCCUGUGACAGUGGGGCACAAUGUGUGACCAUAAAGUGCCCCCUGCAGGGCCUGGACAGUAAUGCAGUCAUCACUUUUCACUCUCGCCUUUGGAACAGCACCUUCAUCAAGGAAUAUCCCCAGUAUCAUCAUGUGGAGGUGAUAGUGAAGGCCUCGCUGCACAUUGACAGCUCAAAGAACACAUUUGUGUCAAACGCUGAAACUGAGGCAAAACUGACGGUGUUCCCAGAGAUGCGUGCAGCGCAACAUGGAAGAGUGCCAUGGUGGAUCAUAUUGCUGUCGAUCCUCUUCGGCCUGCUGCUGCUGGGCCUCUUGGCUUUCCUUCUCUGGAAGUGCGGCUUUUUUAAUCGUGCCAAAUAUGAAGACAGAGUCCCCAGUUACAACGCAGUUCGGAUCAAACGGGAGGAGAGAAACAUUAAUGCUGGAAAUGGUAAUUGGGAGAACCUGGAGAAGAAGCCAUGGAUGACGACCUGGCACAAAAGCCAAUGACAUUUUUACUCAGAUCACACAGAUCCUCCGAUGCUUACAGAUAAACUACCAAUUCCAUUGAUUUUUUUCUGUCUUUGUAGAGCUCGGACUGUAAGUAAAGAAACAUUUUUUUAAAAACAAAAAGAAAAAAAAAAACUUUAAGAACUAAGUAUUGAUCAAACAUUCUGCUUCAGAGAGAUUUUAUGAGUCACUGGACGGAGAGAGGCAGUGUGGGUUCUGCAGUGCGAGCGUUUCCACAGUUUUUGUACAUUUUUUAAAAAUGUUUUGCAGAAUUGUGUGUAUUUAUUCUUUGUUGUUGCUACGUGUUCUUCUGGCCAAAGAGUCAUUCAGUGCUUACACAGGUGACUGUCAACUACAUUGCAUCCACCCCAGGCAAUUUUAAAAUCAUGUCUACGGAGUAUCUUGGUGUCAGAUAAAAUUUUUUGUAUGUUGUGCUCAAGGUGCCUCAGGUUGUAAAUUAACUUUAAACUCAUCCACAGUUUUCAAAUACACGGUUUGUAAAGUUACUUUUAAGCCUCUGCAGAACUUACUGGCUCUAUAGCAGAAAGGAGGUGGGAGCAAAAUAAAACCUUUUUUC